GAUACCCACACCCCAACUCACGUGACACAAUCACCUUUGGCUCCACACCCCUGACCGCGGAUUGGAAUCUGGAACCGUGGCCGCUGUCAAAAUAGCACAACCCCCACGACUCGUCCUCACAUCGACCAUCACACGCGCCUCCCUUGAUCCUUCCCCAGAGCGCCUCUCUCCCACAGCAAGCAAGCAAGCAGCUUAGCCAUGCGCUCCUUCCUGCCCGCGCUCUCGCUGGCGGCCGCGACGCUGCUCGUCCCGGUGCAGUCACUGUACUUCUACAUUGAGGGCACGAACCCGAAGUGUUUCUUUGAGCGGCUGCCGAAGGAUACGUUGGUCGUUGGGCAGUAUAAGGCGGAGGAGUUUAGUCUGGAUCAGAAUAAAUAUGUCAAUAAUGAUAAUCUGAAUAUCUUCAUCUCGGUCGAGGAAGUCUUCGACAACGACCACCGCAUCGUCUCUAGCCGCGGACAAUCGAGCGGCAAGAUCACCUUCACCUCCGCCAACUCCGGCGACCACCGCAUCUGCUUCACCCCCUCGCACUCCACCGGCCACUCCGGCUGGCUCGGCAGCCAAUCGCUCGGCGGCGUCAAGCUGAUGCUGGAUCUGGCGAUCGGGACGACCUCGGAGAUCGAGACGGAUGACCAUGGCAAGAUUACGGAUUUGGUGCAGAAGGUGAAGGAUUUGAAUGGGCGGUUGAUGGAUAUUAAGAGGGAGCAGCUGUUUCAGCGUGAGCGUGAAGCCGAAUUCCGCGAUCAAUCCGAAGCCACAAACUCCCGCGUCGUGCGCUGGACGCUCAUCCAGCUCGCUGUCCUGGGUAUCACAUGCGCGUGGCAACUCUCUCACCUGCGCUCCUUCUUCAUCAAGCAGAAGCUUACCUAGACUCCUUUGCAUGUGGGUGUCUGUUUGAUGAGAACUACUUUAAUGGUGAAGGGCGGGGGAUAGAAGGGGAAGAUAGCGAGGUGUUGGAGAGGGAAGAUGGGGGGAGCUGGGUGAAGUGGUGGUGGUGGUAGAACGAAGCGGAACAGGGGUAAUGAGCAACGCAUACCGGGUUUCCAAAAUGGGGUGUUUACAUAUGUAUCUGGGUUGUCUGUCUAUCGGUCGGUCGGUGGCCGUGGUCUGUACUUUGAGCAUUUUCUGAGAACAAGAAAGGAAAUUCGAAAAAAUAUAACUAGAAAUAAGCCAUCUUGUUUUCGUUGAUGGGAGAGAUGAAGUGGGUGGACAUGCACUCCCUUGGUGUCGUGGAUGGGUUGGGAAGGAGGGAGUGCUAUGUCCUUCACGCAAACACGUUUGGUGCCUGAACUGGCUCAGCGAGGGUUCUCGAGCGGUAGAGUACGGGGUAUAUGUCAGGUCCAGUAGUGACUCUGCCGUCCAUUACAUUUAUACCCUCCCCUGAACCGAAGAACAUCACACACACAUCACAUCACGCCAUCAAACCACAUAGUAGUAAUCUGGAAAUAUAUCAAGCUUCCCCCUG